CGUUUAGAAGUACUAGAAUCUUGUUAAAUAAGGGGGCAAGGGGCAAACCCGAUGCCACUGUACGGAAUAGUUUAUAAUCAGAAUACGUAUGCAAAAAGCGUCUAUUAGUCUAGAAGAUCUUAUAUUUACAUCGUAUAGAGUACUGCAAUUACUCUCUCACAUAUUUCACGAGCAAAAGUUGUGCUUCAGUAUUCUAACCUAACUUAACCUAAAUCUACCUCUAUCUUGAUGAUAAGCUUCUGACCUAUAACAAAUUCCGAAAACUUUCUUACUAGUACUUGCAUAUUUGAACCCCAAUAUAACUCGAUAUGACCUUGUAUCAUUUCGGCAAUUGUUUAGCCCUAGUUUACGUCCCAUAUUAUCUGACCUACAAGUAUUCUGGCCUGUCAGAAUACGGAGCAUUUUGGAAAUGUAUUCAAGCAGGUGGCAUUUACAUUUUCACACAACUAGUCAAAAUGUUGGCCCUUGCCACGUUCUUUCCUACUGCAGAUUCGGUUGGACAAGAAGGUUUUGACAUUGUUGGAGAGUUUUUGAAGUCUACAAUAGACCUGGCAGAUCUAGUCGGAAUACUCCUAGUACUCAACGGAAUACCCGGUAAAGGUCAUGCCAAGGUUUUAACUGCUGGUAUAGGAUGGGCUGGUGCCGAGGUGUUGCUGACUAGAUUUUUACUGCUAUGGGUUGGAGCUCGAGGAGCAGAGUUUGAUUGGAAAUAUAUUCAGAAGAGUCUCGAAUCGAAUAUAAGCUUGGUUCAACACAUUACAACCGCAACUUUAGUCUGGUUGUGGUCACGGCACGAUUUGAGGCGAGGUCUUGUGCCAGUUGUAGUGAGCAUGCUUCUAUUGACAGUCUAUAGAUCGCUAAUAUUAGAUUUUUUGAGCUCACUGUUGCUGGCUGGACCCUGGUCGUCGCUUUUCAUCAAAGGUGUUACAACUUUGUUCAUGGGGGCGACUACUCUGCACAUGUACGCAGGACUUGCUCAAUCAAUCGGAAUAUUCUAAAAAUUCGUCCAACGACUACAACACAACACUCGCCAGUAUGUGAGCAAAUAUACGUUCAAUGUGGAAAGAAUU